UACUAUUUUCCACUAAGGAUGCAAGCAUACAAAAUAUACCCUUCAACGAAAUGAAGACAAACAUUAUUGUCUUUUCUUUUUGGUAGGAGACGAUAUUGUUUAGGUUCAUUAGGAUAAGAAUUAAGAACUUAAUUAUGCUUACUUAUACCAAUCCUUGUGUGUGUUACCCAUCUUGAAUUGAAGAUAAGUAUAAUUAAGCAUAUUGAAUUAUGCUUACGGUAUUACCAAUAAUAUUAUUUCGCUAAAAUUACACAUUUUAAUGAUAUCAUGAAGUUAACAAAACAGGUUAUUAUUUAUUGUGCAGAUGGGGCAUAUUUACUAAGACAAACAUAUUCUGAUGACUAAUUAAAAAUGUCGAUGAAACUAUGGAAAAAAUGUUUAUUUUAAUAUUUUAAUAUUUAAAUCUGAGAAAAGCCAGGAAACCGCCGGAUGGAGAGUUGGGUUCAUUUUUUGGAAGAUCCGCCCGUUCCCCGGCUCCCGCCCGAAGAAAGUCAUCCUUUACCAACAAGCCAGCCAGCUCAACAAUGGCGAACCCACUCUCUUUCUAUCUCUUCCUUCUCUCACUACAUCAUCGCCCGCCCGCCCGCCCGCCCCCUUUCCAUUUCAUAGGGCAAUUCGCCUCUUGGCACUAUCAGAGACAGAGAGACAAGGGGAAAAAAUUGUGAGAAGAAAAAAAAGGAAAGACAUUUACAGAGAGGAAAAAAAUAAAGGCAACAAACAACGUAGAGGAGAGUAGAAGGGGAGGGAAGACAAUCUCUUCUUCUUCCUCUUCUCCCACUCACCUUCGUCAAACCCUCCCUCUCUCUCUCUCUCUCUCUUCACUCGAACGGAUUGUGUUGGGGUUUUUCAUCCGUCGACAUUCUCGAUUUUGAUUUUUUUUUUUCGUAGCUAGGGAUCACAGAGAGAAAGAGAGAGCGAGAGAGAGGGGUUAGAGUGUUAAAGAGAGAUUUUUCGGACGGCUAGCGAUGGCCGCUGAUAAACCCAAGAAGCUUUAUCGAGUUUGGAAAGGAAACAAUAGGUUUCUCUGUGGUGGAAGACUGAUCUUUGGUCCUGAUGUGGCAUCAAUGUUCUUGUCCAUGCUCCUCAUUGCUGGCCCUUCGAUUGCUUUCUGUGGAAAGGUAUAUUACACAAUUGUCAAUGAAGAUGUCAAGAAUCCAGCCCAUUGGUAUGCUAUAUUGAUUGGAGGCUGCACUCUAACCGUGUUGGAUCUGCUGUUUCUCCUAUUAACAUCUAGUAGAGAUCCUGGAAUACUGUGUAGAAAUUCAAAGCCUCCAGAGUGCGAUGAAAUUUCAGACACAAAUACCCCAUCCAUGGAGUGGGUGAAUGGCAGAACCCCUCAUUUGAAACUACCGCGCACAAAGGAUGUGAUGGUAAACGGGCAUGCUGUGAAGGUUAAGUACUGUGAUACGUGUUUACUGUAUCGUCCUCCCCGUGCUUCUCAUUGUUCAAUCUGCAACAACUGUGUCCAGAGAUUCGAUCAUCAUUGCCCUUGGGUAGGGCAGUGCAUUGGCAUACGAAACUACCGGUUCUUCUUCAUGUUUAUAGCAACAGCAACCAUCUUGUGUAUAUAUGUCUUUGUGUUCUCUUGGGUCAAUCUCCUUCACAAAGACAUGAGUGUCUGGAAAGCUAUGUCCAAAGAUGUGCUCUCCGAUUUCCUUAUCGUCUACUGUUUUGUUGCUGUCUGGUUCGUUGGAGGCCUAACAAUCUUCCAUUUCUAUCUAAUCUGCACAAAUCAGACUACCUAUGAGAAUUUCAGGUACAGAUAUGAUAAAAAGGAGAACCCAUACAACAAGGGAGUGGUAAGGAACCUCUUGGAAACUUUCUUCACAAAGAUCCCCCCUUCACUGAAUAAAUUCCGUUCACUUGUAAAGGAAGAUCCUCCUUCUGUGAUGCAACCCGUGACAGAGAAUCAUGGUGAAGGGUUUAAGGACACAAGUGAUGUGGAAAGGAGAGCCAAGUAUUCAGAAGAGCAUAGUAGUUAUUCUCUUCCUGAGAUUCUUAAGAAUUUGGACUAUGACGACGAUGAUGAUGAUUCAGAGAACUCAAAGAACUCCAGAGAUGGUAUGCCUACUUUUGACAACAGCAUCCCUGGCGAUGACAGUGUAAAAGAAUCUAUAGAGAUCCCUAUACCCGAUGAGGUUCUUGAUACAGAAGAUGAUGGCCGCAUUGAAGAAAUUCUAAGAAGCUUGAGAGACUCUUCGCAAGGAUCGCAUGUCAAAGAUGGAGAGAUAGAAACUGUUCAAAGCAGCGCCAGUUCUGUUGAAAAUGGAAAUGGAGUGUCUAUGCAACAUAUGACUGCUGGAGAUAAGACUAAAGAUCAUUGUGUUAAGAUUCCUGAUCAAACCCUGCAAAUGGGUAGUCUUCGAUGACUUAAAGGUAAAAACUUUGGAGAAAUCUCUUCCCUUUAUCUUCUCCAACAAGAAAAGCAUUGAACCAAUGAGCCAAGUAACGAAUGCAACUAUACCAGGUUUUCAUACUAAGCUCUCGGUGUUUGGUACAUAACCGCUCGCUGGUUCUUUUUACAGAUCGAGACCUCUUCUCUGGCUAGAACACUAAGGAGAAAUGGAAGCUAGGAUGCAAGUUCCUGGCCUCCGUGGCCACUAAGCUAACAAAGGUGUAGAUACAUACAUACAAACAAGAUUCUUAAAAAGCUAGCUAGCUAGCUGCAUUUGCUGUAAGCUGUAAAUCGAUCUCGCUCCAUCAUGGGUUUUCCUUUGCUGUUUUGUUUUCCUUUUUGGGGGGUUCUCUUCCUUUCUAAUAAUGCAGAAAACCUGGAAGGGAAAGUAUCCAACUUGUAAGGUGGAUUGGUGUUUCUGAGGAAUUUUUGGUAGGAUUAUUCUUUCUCCUUGAGAAAAUUUCUUUUUGGGGUUCACUAUUCAUUGAAGAAGAAACCUCUUGAUAGUUCAUUGUUUAGUUUCAGGUUGGACAGUACUUCUUGAGCUUAAUUUAGUUCCUGAGGAAUUCUUUCUAUUACACUGGAGUACAGUUUCUUUUUUUAGUACUUGUUCUGUGAUGGUGACCCUUGUUUGAAAGUUAGGGCACUUUCUGACUGCUACCAAGUUAGGACACUUUACAAUUUACAUGUUUGAACCUUGGGAUCACUAUCAUAAACAUAAAAGAUUUAGAGCAUUGGAUGCAGUUUUGAUGAAACCAUGAUUGAGAUAAUAACAGGACACGAUGGACACGAUUUCAAAAGAGAAUAAACAAUUUGAUUCUUAGAAACGUUACCAGAUAGAGCCCUUAUAAUCAUCACCAUCGACAUCAGUCUCUGAAAUUUGAUAUUACCUAAUCGGAGCAACCAUCAUGGUCGCUAGAGCUAUCUUCGCCAUCAUCGAAGUUGACUCUUCAGAACUAUAAUCUGAGCUCUAACCCUAAGUUGUACCAAAAUUUAGUACUAACUAAACUACAAACUCUUACUAAUUUGUGUGACAAAACACGUAUCCACGAUCAACAAAAUUAGUAUUCCUUCUUUUGCUCUAUGCAAUGACUAGUGAUCACUAAACACAAUAUAUAUGCCAAUGUGAACCAAGUUUUUGGGGUGAAGGGAAGGGCAAUUUCACCAAAACAAGCAAUUUCCCAAUCCCAGUGGGGAUUCCUUAACUCACAGUGAUUCUUGAAAAACAACACUGUUCCAACAAGCAAACACCAUUAAUUCUUUGCCUGUGGAAAUGUAACCACAACAAAAUUUUUCUUGUUUUACCUUUCUAGGAAGCAAUUACCUAAAUAAGUCAUUGUUGAGCAAUUCCUUUGUUUUCUUUCUCUGUUGUGACCUUCCAAUAUUGUUAGGAUAAUAAAGAACAUUCGUUGUGUUUCUUUAUUUGAUAAGGAAGUAGACAAACCGACUGCACACGAAAGAUUGUGCUAUGGGAAUUCUGUUAGUGGGUUAGAGUAAGUAAUCCACAUGAUCCAUAUUGUAUUUGCAUGUGAAGAGCUCUACUUUUGUACUAGUUUUGUUUCUCUUAAGCAAAUUGGGGAAGGCAAAUUAUUUCAGUGGAUUGGGAGAUUUAAUUUGUAGGGUUGCUCGUAAAUAUCUGCAUAUAUCAUGAAAUUAAAGUAAGAAUUACGAU